AUGUCUGCAAGUACUCUUAUGGAAAGUAGCUUCUUCAGCUCUGCAAAGUAUCCCAUGAAACCAUAUUCAAACGAUACCAUUACCCAAAUUUUCGGAUCAGUUGCCUUUCAUACAGUUCUUUUCUUUGUAUUCUAUGCGUUAUCUAGUGUAAUCUUUUCAACAUUUAAAACACUUGAUUUUUCCAAAAAGAUGGAUUGGGUUUCUAGAUUGGUCUCCAAUUUUCAUGCCAUUGUAUCAUUUUGUGGUGCUUUGUAUGCCAUUCUUACCUAUCCAUGUUAUUUGACUUGGAAUUUUUCUUGUUAUGAUAAUGGAAUUGGAGAACUCACAAUGAGAUACACUAUUGGUUAUUUCUGUUAUGAUCUAUUAUUGAUUCUUGCCUUCUAUAAAAAGCUUGGUAGUAUUGGCAUGGUGCUUCAUCAUGUUUUUGGAAUUCUAGGUUGGGGUUUGAUUCUUUCCUAUGGUAGUUUUAGUUUUGUUGCUUUGAUGUUUACUUUGACUGAAGCUACAACUCCAUUCGUCAAUCAAAGAUGGUUCUUGUACGAAUGUAAAAUGAAGGAAACUUCUUUGUAUGCAGCAUUUGGUUUCUUACUUUGGUUGGCUUGGUCAAUUGUGAGAGUUCCACUUGUACCUCUUUGCGGUUAUUACUUGUACUUGAAUUAUGAAGGUUUGAUUUCAGUAUUGUUUGGAUCAAACAAGAAAAAGGAUAUUAAAAAGAAUGAUUAA